AUUCCCUCGCCACGCAAAUGACUCAACUGUCGUUCAGCUUCUCACCUGAACCCGCGGAACGGGGCGUCUCGCUUUAACAGAGCCUCGGGUAAAAUGACACCGGGUGACGCCCUGAAACAAAGCAUAGCAACUUUACACAGUCCUGGCGCACUGCACUGGGACCGCGCACCUGGUCUGUCCCAUAAAACACACACAGGCGGACGACAAUAAGUAACCGAUACCGGAGAAGUUAUGCCCUCAAAACAGGGGGAGACGACCAGCCGUCGUUGACCGACAACGGAAGGAUCCGAGAUGGGGGACGAGGGUUGUUUCAAGUCCGUUCUCCCCCCUCAGGUCCUGGACGACAGCAGUCUGGCCCUGCCGGCCGAGCACAGCAUCCUGAGCCCGGCCAGGUUCCACUCCGUCGACCGGAGCGUCCGGGUCCAGCAGCAGGUCCAGCUCACCCUGGCCCGCAAGGGGAAGAAGUCCGCCUCAAACGGUAGCGUCCAUCAUGCCCAAAGGAGUCUGUCCUGGAGCUCAGACUACAGAGACGGACCGUCGCACAACAGCACGCUGAGGAGCGGCUCCGCCUUCAGCCCGCCCCCGACGGCGUCCUGCCGGUCGCUGCGCCGCCCCUCUCGGAGGGUGGAGGUGUCUCCGGCCCCCAGCCCGGUGCUGCCCCGCCCCCCCCUGCGCUACGGGGCCGCCGGCCGGAGCCUGGGGACCUACACCAUCCCGGGGCCCGGGGCCCCCCCCAAGAUGGCGCCCCUGCCGGAGCGGCCGUACGGCUCAGUGCCGCACAAGCGCUACGCCUUCUCCGAGGUCCCGCACACCACGCGGCUCCACGGCGCCACCUACAGCGCCCGGCGCAGCCCCGCCCACCCCGGGCUCCAGGGCCCCGCCCGCACGGCCCCGCCCCCCCGCAGGGCGGCGGCGGGGGGGGGUGGGCUGGUCCAGAGCCAUGCCCCUUGGGAGACCGGCACGGCAGAGAGGAGCAGGGGGGUGGGGCUGAGCUGGCUGAUCAAGGCCAGGAGGGAGCUGUGCUUCGAGGGUCUGGACGCCGCGUCGGCCGUCAGCAUGGAGCUGGACGCCCCCAGGGGGGCGGAGCCUGAGUCGCCCGUCCAGUGGGCCAGCGGCCGGGCUCAGAAGUGGGCGGUGAAGCCCCCCGAGCUGACUCUGGAGCGGGCGGUGGCCGCGCUGACGCAGGACAGCGAGGACGACCUGGUGACCGCCGCCAGCUUCAUCCAGAAGCAGUGCUUCAGCAGCGCCGACGCCAGGAAGAUGGUGUUCUACCUCCACGGGAUCCCCAAGCUGCUGCAGCUGCUGCCCAGCGACAGCGAGGAGGUGCAGCGGGCCGCGGCCGGCGCCCUGCGGAACCUCGUCUUCCAGAGCGACGAGAACAAGAUGGAGGUGAAGGAGAGCGAGGGCGUGGCCCUCAUCCUGCGGGCGCUGCGGAGCUGCCGCGACGUGGAGGCCCGCCGCCAGCUCACCGGUCUCCUGUGGAACCUCUCGUCCCACGACGUGAUCAAGGAGCACCUGUCCCAGGACGGCUUCUCGGUCCUCACCUCCAAGGUCCUGGUGCCGUGCUCCGGGCUGUCUGAGGGCGAGAACCCCAAAGACGAGCUGCUGGCCGACGCCGACACCUUCCACAACGCCACCGGGUGUCUGCGCAACCUGAGCUCGGCCGGCCCGGACUGCAGGAAGGCCAUGAGGGACUGUGAGGACCUCAUCGACGCACUGGUCUACUACAUCCGCGGGACCAUCGCCGACUACCAGCCCGACGACAAGGCCACAGAGAACUGUGUGUGUGUUCUCCACAACCUGUCGUAUGCGAUCGAGUCGGAGAUUCCUCCGAGGUUCUUCAGGGACCUGUCUGAGGCCCCGCCCCCCCCCUCCUCCACCUGGUCCCCGGGCUGCUUCACCCACCGACCCCCCAAGAACACCACGGACCUGGAGCGACAGCGCCCCCUGCUGGAGGAGAAGGCCAACCCGCACGGCAUCGAGUGGUUGUGGAGCGCCAUCACGGUGCGCAUGUACCUGUCUCUGAUGGCGCGCAGCGGCAGCAACUUCACCCAGGAGGCGGCGCUGGGGGCGCUGCAGAACAUCACGGCCGGACAGGGCAUGCUGACGGAGGCUAUCUGCUACACGGUGGUGCUGCGGGAGAACGGCCUCCAGCAGGUCCGCCGGAUGCUGCAGGAGGGAGACCGCUCCGUGAGGCGCACGGCCGUGGCCCUCGUCAAGAACCUCUCCCGCUACCGCGAGCUGCACGCCCCCAUCGUGAAGCAGGUGCUGCCCGAGCUGGUGGCCAUGCUGCCCAGCUCGGACCAGGGGACGGAGGUCCCCACGGAGCUCACCGUCUGCCUCUGUCAGAUCCUCACCAACUUCACCAAGAACGACACCAGCAGCGUCAAGGCCAUCGUGAACCAGGGCGCCCUGCCCAAGGUCAUCAACAUCAGCACCAAGGACAACGGCUUCGGUCCGACCCGGGCCGGGCAGGCGGCCUGUCUGCUGCUGCACACCAUGUGGAGACACAGCGACCUCCACGGGGCCUAUCGGAAGGCUGGGUAUAGGAAGAUUGACUUCGUCAACAGCAGGACCACGAAAGCUGUGAACUCUUUGCAAGACUAAACCGUAGAAUCACGAACCCAGCGCUGGCUGCAGGAAAACAUUUGGUGCGGUGAUUCAGAACAUUUGGUGUAGAUUCUAUGUUAAAUAAAAUCAAUGAUCUGUUGUUCUAAGUUUUCAGAUUGAUUGUUUUGCAGAUAGUUUGUUUAGUAGAAUACUUAAAAUAGCCCUUUUAAGCAUUCCGUUUUAUCUAGUUUUUUUUUUAACAAAAGCACGUAUAAUGAUCGCAUCAACCCUCGGAAUGAAUGAAUGAAUGAAUGAAUGGAUGAAUGGAUGAAUGUGAAAGGUUGGGAGCAAUGUCAAUGAAUGAAUGAUGAAAAAAUUAUGUAAAAUUGAACAUAAUCUGAAGUUGAAUUUCCUUUACUUAUGUGUGUAUAGUUUGUUUUUAUAAAUGUACCCCUUAGAGGGCAGCUUUGAGAACCUUAUGAUUAUAGUAGUCUUUAUGUACCAUCUGGUAUUCUUUUGUAUUUGUUUUUGUUUUGCACUGCUAUGCGAAUACUUUACGUUUAACCGUGUGGAUAAAUGUCACUUUGCAGGAAAUUGUUCUGGAAAUAUCCAUUUAUUUUGUGAAGGAGGACAUUUUAUUGGGAUUUCAAUGUGUUACUAAUUUAAACGUCACUAACACACUUGGUAUAUAAUCCAUCAAUAUAUAUAUAGUUGUCAUGAAUUUUGAAGUUUGGUCAAUAAUUAUCCGUUUUUGAAGAUUUGAAGCCAUUAUAAUGAUUCAUAAUAUACAAGUUAAAAAGUUACAUGAAGUUUAAAACACAUAUUGUGGAACGGUGGAAAUGGUCUCAUUGAUUAGAGUGGAAGCGAUCAGCAGAGGUGACCGCGGCGCAGCCGUCCCGCGGCGCGUACGCCUCCGGUGGAAUCAAGCCUUGAGAGUAGACCGAGAGAAAGUGAUGACGCUCUCAACAAAAUGGCUGCGCCCAUGAAGACAUUUAUUUUUUGCUUAAGUACCACGUAGGACAAUUUAAUGUCGAUUUUAAAUGCUCUUACACACUUGAUUACAUUGCUAAUUUAUUCCGUUCACCAAUUUAUAAAUUGCAUGGUCUUGCUGUCCGUGCAAUACAAUGUAAAGUUGUGUUUAUUUUCAGGCUGGUUUGCUAAAGAGGCUAAUGUAGCUAACAAUAAAUAACGACUAGCUAACUCCAUGCCACAAUAACAAAGACAAACAGGAACGCUAUGAAUGCUCCGAGUCCGGAAGUGACGUCAAACGUGCAACUCGGAAGGCUGGCGUCCGAGGAUUCCGGAACACACCAUAACGCCACCAAUUCCAACAAUCAUGGAUAAGGUAUGAGCAUGGGUAUGACUCGAGCCAUGUGACAGUUUCAGUCUCCUCGUUCCUUUACGAUCACUCAUGGAAAUGUUCCAAUAGUUGGCGCCAUUUUUCCAGGAGUUACGAGAGAAAUCCAAUUUUUAAGGUAAGAAAGUAUUUUUAUUUAUUCGUAUUUUUUUUUCUAUUACUGUUACCGUUGUAAAGUUGUAUGAGUUAUAUCAGGUCAAACUAUAGUUUCUCUAGUAAAGAAUGGUGUGUCUCUCCCUUGCUAAUGUCAAAGCCCCAUGCCGAUACAGCUAGUUUAGGAAUGGAUGUCAGGGCAAGGUGGGUUGUAAUGCAUGUUUUGAAAGUGUUACCAUCAUCCCCUCACAUACAAAGUUGUUACCAGAGAAGAUGUUGAAGAUGUGGCCCUGUUCUCAAUAAAAACAACUGUUCAGCUCUCUCUCUCAAGAGACACAAAUGCACACACACAAAGUAUAAACGGUAUGUUUUUUAUAGUUUCAUAACAUUAAUAU